GAUGCUCCCCCAUGCCCACUCCCCCCGGUAAGAACCCCCCACCUCAUCACACACUCCCUCGGGGGAGAUACUCUUCCCAGCUUCUCUCUCGUACUCCUCCAUGUGAAACCCCCACAUCCCUUCAUGUGCUCCCCAGGUGAGAGACUCCGGUGAGAUGCUUCCCCACCCAGAUACAGUGCCCCAGGUGAGAUGCUCACGCACUCCCCAAGGUGAAACUCUCCUGCAGCAAUAUCUGUAAGUCUUGACUUACUCACUGGGGUGCUGACAUUAUUUUCAGAUUGUGAAAUAUCUGCAAGAAUGUUCAGAAAUGAGUAUCAGGGUGGCCCAUUUGUUGAAAUAUUCAGUGCUCAAGGCAAGAAUCCAGGAGCAAAAUGGAAGAUCUUUGGCAGUCCAUCAGCAAUUUGGAAAGAAUUUGAUAAAGAAGUAAAAGGCUUUGUUUUUGUCCUUGAAGGAAGCAGUCAAACAAACAAGAUUCAGCUACCAAAGGAAACUAGACAAACUCUUGGACUGAUCCAGCGGUUUCUGGUACUUCAGAUUUAUGUGCCUUUGGGACAAGACUUCUCUACUGAAUUGCUGGUAACUGAUUUAGGAAACAUUAAAAGAAGAUUGUAUUUAUCAACAGUCCAUAAGGAGUUAUCUAUAACCCCUCUGCAUGCAAAACUUCCUCUUUUUAUGAUCAAACGCAGAAUAUGGUGUAAUUUGUGCAUUGACUUGGUAGCAUUCACCAGUGAAAUAUUCAGAGGAGCUGUUUUCCAGUCUUUGGAUGGAAUUAUCAUCUCAGCUAACUGUAAACUGAGAAAGAUCUUCACUUUGAAAUCAAAGCCUCAAGAUACAGCUGAGGAAGAUGCUGAUGACCCCACAGAUACUAUUCCUCGAACCUGCCAGCUAAAUACAGAUGUGCCACAAGUCACACAACUGCUUAACAUGACUAAACUUCGCCAACCAGAAAUAAGAUUUGGAGGUCGUCCCUUAACUUCAUCAGAAUCAGACCAGUUAAUUAACAAAGGACAAGGCAAUACACACAACAGUAAAAAUCAAGAUGUGUCUCACAUUGCAUUUGGAUCCAAAGUCCUUGGACCACCUCCACCUUCUGGCAGAAGAGUCAACACCAGGGUAUCUGGAGAGAUAAUAAAGUCCUUGGGUAGCCGAAGUAACAGAUCAUGCCAACAACUGACAUUAGAAAAAGGAAGCGAGUCAAUGCGAGAUACCAAGAGAUCUGGACUGUGUCUUUCACCAUUCUAUAAGGCUUUUGAUCAAGGAGACAAAGAAAAUAUUCACCAAACAAAUCAGAUUACAAGUCAAAACGAUGACUGGAUAUUUCCUGAAAAUAGCAGUGACGGUUUUCAGAUUGAUUCCAAUGGACAGUCAGUAGCUACCCACAAUACGUCCUGCAGUAAUUUAUCCCUGCCACCAAAUACUGAAGUUGAAAGUGAAAGCAAGCAAACAGGUGAACACCAAAUAAGCCAUAAAGAGAUUUUCACAUUUUCAUCGAGGCCUCGAUCAGCUCCUCAUGGGAAGUCCCCGAAUAUGUCGCCAGAAGGCUGCAUGUCUCCUUUGGAUUUAAAUGAGGACAGUGAUGGGUUCUGUAGAGGAGCCCAAAUGGAAGAUGACUUUUAUGGAAGUGACAGCAAUGAAGAGGAUGACCCCAGUGAAUUCAUCCAAAGUGCUUCAAACCUCAGGACCAGCCACAGUACAUCAGGGUCAUCUGAUUCUGCAGUUUUUAAAGUGAUCCCAUUAAAGGUGAUGUCAGGAAGUCCUGAGCAUUGGAAGUAUAAAGAAUAUAGCAAACAUAGCCACCUGGAAACACUAUCAUCAGCCCCACAAGAUUCGGUUAUGAAAAAAGUAGAUCCUGAUAAUAUUCCAAGAAACUGGAUGCCUACCCUCUGUCUUUCUCCAACUGGAAGUAAACCUGAAUUCUCUAAGGAAAGCCCAAGCACCUCUGGAAAAACAAAGGAUACAUCAGUGAGUCAAUUAAGAACAUCAAUAAGUAAAAAGUCCCUGAAGGAAAUCUUGAGAGAGAAUUCAAGUCUGAAAUCUGAGACUACUGAGUAUGACUGGAGGAACUACCAGCCAAGCAGAUUGAGUGCAUCUGAACUACAGAUGUUGGCUAGUAUGAAGAGACAACAAAACGAAGAACUAGAGGAUAAUGGGAUCUCACAUGGACUGAGUGCAUCUCAGAUUGACAGCUGCAAUGUCAGCAUCAGUACAAGCAGUGACGACACAACAACCUGGAACUCUUGUCUCCCACCACCUGUCAAUCAAGGUCAUCACUAUCAAAAAGAAAUGAACCCACUUUCUCAUUCUAAUCCAAGGGACUGGUUAAACGUGUUCAGCCCCCCCAUAAUUCUUCCAAGCCAAGAGCUAGCAAAGCAUAUUGAAUCUUCAGCAAGUCUAAAUAUUCCAGGUGAAGAUGACUUCAGUGCUGAGGAGGAUGAGGAAGUUCUGACUCUUUUGUAUGAUCCAUGUCUAAACUGUUACUUUGAUCCGGAAACUGGAAAAUACUAUGAAUUGGCUUAGCUAGUUCCUGGUUCAGAGGGUAUUGCCCUCCAUCAGAACAGAAUUAACAUCUAUUUCUCUGUAAAGUAUUAACCAGAAUGUAACAUUUUAUUCCAUAAUUUAAAAGUUGAAUCCGUAAGUCAUUUUGCAAGCAAAUGGAUAUAUUUUACAAAUAAUGUAACAUCUUAUUUUUGUAGUUUUGUAUUGUUAUAAUACAGUAGAACAUCAUAGCACACAAGCUCUUGUGGCUUUGACAGUUGCUUGUGAGACUAGUUUGUUUUAUAUUAAAUACUGAAAGAUUCUGUGUGUAAACAAAUUAGGUGGAAUCAAAAGGUUUUUCAGUGUUGACAGGUAAAUUAUGGCUUCAUACAAAGAAAAGGUGUUUUUUCAUUACUGGUUUAUCAGAUGUUUGUUUAACUGGAUUCCAUGAUACCUUAACUUUGUACUCCAAGAAGUGGGGUGUGAUGUUCAAAGGCACGUGCUCCGUGGGCUCUCUCUCCUUAUUCACCAGAAAAAACAUCAUCUUCCUUCCUCUUCAGGAAAGUCUCUGGACUAAUGAAAUGGCGUUAUAGUAACUGCUUCUGAGAAAUCUUAUCCACUUAUAAUCCUUGUAAGGUUACUGUAAUACACAGGAUUCCUGCUAGCAGAUUUAAAGCCCCUUCAUUUCAUAUUUUUGGGUUGUAUGAACAUUUCUUGGGUUUUGUCACAAUCCCCUCUAUCGACUGUUUGGCACAGGGGUACAGAAUCCAAACGCUAGAGUGGUAUAGUUCAUACAGUACAAUGCUGUUCAAAGCAGACCCAGCACAUGCAUGGUCAAGCUGUGACUCCAAGCCACAAGAGAGAUUUGAUAUCUAACUGGAAAACUCCCUGAUCUCAAAGUGUAGUGAUGAAUCUCAUUUCACGGAUUCCCUCUUCCGAAGGGUGGGAGUGGGAGUGGGGUUCUGCCAUUCGAUGAAGUGGGUUACUAGGGAGGAAGCAGUGUGUAGCACUUGUGUGUGGAGAUGCACUCAGCACGGACAGCUGCUGUGUUACACCUCCCAGCAAAAGAUGGGAUCUGAUUAAACCAAAUUGUACUUUUUGCUCUGUAAUUACUCUAGGGAAGUUCUCCGGCCUGUGCUACACAGGAGCUCAGGCUACAGAAUCACAACGGUCCGUGCUGGCUUUGGAAUCCCUUAAAAAGUGAUUGAUUUGGAUCUACCCACAUUUUGCACUUUCUAGCUUAUGUAGCCGUGUAUUUCGAUUACUCUUCCUGCAUCUUCCCUCCUGUUGCGUGUUGCUCACUUGUUUCACCUUGCCUUAAGUUAGGUUAUAAGCUUUCAGAGCUGGAUGCCCUGUCUGUGUGUCUGAAUAUGAACAGCACCAAGCACAAGGCGCCCCCCAAUCCUGAUUGGGAAUGCUUAACUCCCAGGGCAAAAGUGAUCUACAGGCAUUUCUAGUGCUCUGCCCCUUAGCUUGAUCAUAUCUAUGCUGUAGCACAACGGUCAUUUGCAAGAUGAUUAUUCUGUGAAUUUUUGCUAAGAAUAAAGCAUUCUAAGGUCAGGUUUAGGUUACAACUGGCAAGUAAUGGAAAAUGGUAUGUCUCUAAAUUAUUUGUAAUUAUGGAUCCCAGUUAAUGAACAUCCUGGCGUCAAUAGAAAAUGCAGUUGUUAAUGGGAGCUUGGCAUAAGAUCAGAGCAUGUAGUCGGCUUCCUUGGCAGGCUUAAACGUACCAUCACAAAUGGAUUCAAGUAAGUGUGCCAACAGAGUCUGCAGGAAGACAGAUACUGUACUGGUGUAAUUCACUUACUCUGCUUCAACAUAUUUCUGCCAGCCAGUUUUAGUCCCUUUUUUGUGACUCCUAUAGUCAGUUUAAGUGUUCAUUGAAAUCAUGUUUCUGACCUUUGAGAAUUGCCUUGGCUGAUCUUCACUUAUGGGAUAGUCACUUCCUUCUAGGUUAUAAAAGGUUGUGCAGUCCCGGCCUCCCUCCUUCCAGCACCAUUUAGCUCCGGGCAUUCAGAGUCUCUCUCUCUCUGUGGUGUCCACUGUAUUUCUGGCAGUUAUUCUUAGAAACACAUUGUUCGUUUCAGGAUAAUUAUGGGGGUUUAUGUUGAUUUCUCUUCUUGGUGGUUUUAGAAACCAGAUCAUUUCUGUUCCUUGUAUUGCCUCAGCUGUCAGAGCAGUGACCUGCUUCUGCCAGGCCUGGUUCACCGCUGGUUUUGAACCAUGGCUUACCGUGACAAAGUGGCUGGCUGUAAGAAGUGUCCAUCGUGCAAGGGUCAGAAUCUGCGCCUGACCAAUGUAUGUGCUGUGUUCCAUGUAUCUUGGUGGAAGUCACUCCCCAGCAAGGAGUGGUUGUAACAGCGGCACUCAGCAGGAGCUCUGUGACAAUUCAGUCUAAAAAUAUUGUGGGAUGGAUACAGAGAAUAUGGAAAACCGGAAGAAGUAUCUGAAGGCCUUCCACUUACUGGAGGCAUUGAUAGCACCAUCCUAGAUCCCUGACUAUCUAGUAAGGCCAUACUCAGGGUGAAUCAUCCUGCCACGUUACCCCCAUCUUCAGAGCUAGCCUGUAGGUAUAGGUAUUUGCCAAGGGAGGCAUAGCUAUAAGUUAAGGCAGGAACCUCAAUGAGCCUACAAGCUUCCAGGCCUGUCAGACAAUAGUUUAGCUAAACUGAUCGAGGCAUAGGGCCCAAAAAGUCUUAGCAUAAGCAGCUAAUGAGGAAUAAACCUGGAUCAUAAGUAAGGCUAAGAUUUUGUCAUGGGUGUUUUUAGUACAAGUCAGAGACAGGUCACAGGCAAUAAACAAAAAUCACAGAAGCCUGUGACCUGUCCCUGACUUUUACUAAAAAUACCCGGGUGAGGGAGGACAAAGAGAGCAGUGUUGGGGCUUGCAGCUGCUCCAGCCCCACCACUGCUGGUCCUGCAGCAGGGGCUGACCCAAUCCCAGCUGCUGCUCCUGCGGGCUAGGGACUGCUAUUCCAACAGCCCCGGGGCUGGCCACCAGACAGCUGUUCUGUUAGCCCCAGCCUGGCCACUGAUCAGCUGUUCUGGCAGCUGCUGCUCCAGCAGCCCCGGGGCUACCAGCUAUUCGAGCCCUGUCCCAGAAGGGGUCCUGGAAAGUCACGGAAACCAUGACCUCCAUGACAGAAUCAUAGCCUUAAUUGUAAGAUUUCACCAGGUAGAAUGCUGGACUGACUAAACUGCUGACAGGUAACCUCACAAUGUCAGUUUAUACCAGCUUGAGAUAUUUACAAGUUGGAACAUCAGCAGAUGUCUGAUCACAAGAAUGCCAUGGCAACUAAUGGACGUACAUGCUAAUGAACUUGAGGUAAAAGGCCUAGUAACAUGCAGAAGAAGGGCAUCCCAACAUUAGUGGGGUGUGGAAAUUGAAAUAAGGAAAAGGGGCUGAACCCCCUGUUGAACAUGCAUUAGGCAUAGUGGUGUCAGCAUAACCCAUUAUAAAAGUUUUAUCCUGACCUCUGUGCCUUGGGAGAUGCCAAGACAAUGACCACUGGUGAUGGUGAGGAUGACGAGGAUAACUUUCAGGUCUUUGUGCAAGGGAUGGUGUGAGUAUAUAAAUGCUCAGAUGCUCAUUCUGUAUUAUUUUUAUCUAGCCUUGCUGGGUAGGAGUGUUUCCAAAUUUGCUAAUACUGUUAAAAAACCUUGCUAUUACGGAAGGCUUUUCCUAAGUGUGAGUGUUGCAACCGUCUGUGUCAGGGUUCCCCACGUAAUAAUAAUUCUGACAUUGGGCCUGAUCUUGGGAUUAGACCCCACCAAACCUCAGUGUUUCCAGGUUUAACCUGGUCUUUUGGGUUAUAGGUUGAUUCAGCUAAUCAUAAUGUACUGGAAUGGAACUUUGUGGUGUAUUGUCAAUUAAUAUAUGAAUUGUUUUCUUUUAGAAUUCUGCUUGGGUAUAUAACGCCCUUAUAAAAUGUUUGUUGUCCUGGUAUUUGAAGGUUUGCCUGCUCAAAUGGUUCACCUCUUACACAUCCCGCUAUUAUGUUGUAUUAGUGUUUUAGCCUCUUGCCCUAUCAAGCCGCUUUAUGUUCUCAAGGUAAAAGGUCAAAUGGAUCCUAUGUAUGUCCAAACAAUAACGCUGAUUUAUUCUCCAAAAAGGGAUCAUAGGGAUGUGAUGUAAACAGACUCUUACAUGUUUGUGAUCCAACUUGUCACUCCCAUUGAAUUUCUUUGAUUAAGGGAAGGCAAAAGGACUUAAUCCCUAAUUUUAAGUCCUAUACA